AUGGCACGGCGACCAGCACGGUGUUAUAGAUAUUGUAAAAACAAACCAUUUCCAAAGUCUAGAUUUAAUCGUGGAGUUCCUGAUCCAAAAAUUAAAAUUUUUGAUCUUGGGCGAAAAAAAGCAUCAGUUAAUGAAUUUCCUUUAUGUGUUCAUUUAGUAAGCAAUGAAUAUGAACAACUGAGUAGCGAAGCACUUGAAGCAGCACGUAUUUGUGCAAACAAAUAUUUAGCAAAAAUGGCAGGGAAAGAUGCUUUUCAUUUGCGUGUACGGCCUCAUCCUUUUCAUGUUGUUCGUAUCAAUAAGAUGUUAUCAUGUGCUGGUGCAGAUCGCCUACAAACAGGGAUGCGUGGUGCUUGGGGGAAGCCGAAUGGGACUGUUGCCCGUGUAAAUAUUGGGCAAAUUCUUUUUUCUGUUCGAUGCAAAGAUUCUAAUAAACAUAUUGCUAUUGAAGCUCUUCGUCGAUGUCAGUACAAAUUUCCUGGAAGACAGAAAAUUGUUGUUAGCAAGAACUGGGGUUUUACUUCUUUAGACCGUGAAACAUAUCUUGAGAAAUGCAGAAAUGGUGAAGUUAAACAAGAUGGUUGUUAUGUCAAAUUUCUUUCUAAGCAUGGAAAUCUUGAGGCCAAUAUGCGAGAGUUCCCUAACUUUAGCAUUACAACAUAA